GUAUGGUGCGUACGGUGGCUGUGAUUGGUGCAGGCCCGUCUGGCCUGGCCUGUGUUAAGAGUUGUCUGGACGAGGGCCUGGAACCCACCUGCUUCGAGAGCAGUGAUGACAUGGGAGGCCUCUGGAAGUUCAAGGAAGUGUCGGAGCCGAACAGGGCCAGCAUCUACCGCUCUCUGACCAUCAACAUCUCCAAGGAGAUGAUGUGCUACUCGGACUUCCCGAUUCCUGCCGACUAUCCCAACUACAUGCACCACUCCAAGAUCCUCAGGUACUUCCGGCUCUACGCAGACCACUUCAAGCUGCUGCAGCGCGUUCGCUUCCAGACCUCGGUGACGAGUGUGAAGCAGAGACCAGACUUUGCCCGUACAGGUCAGUGGGAGGUGCGGACUGAGAACAGGGACGGUGAGGAGCAGAGACACGUCUUUGAUGCCGUGAUGGUCUGCUCUGGCCACUACACGUACCCACACAUCCCCCUCCAUGACUUCCCUGGUAUGGACACGUUUACAGGGAAGCACUUCCACAGUUGGGACUACAAGGGCCCAGAGGAUCUGGCGGGAAAACGGAUCGUGGUGAUCGGGAUCGGGAACUCCGGAGGAGACAUCGCAGUGGAGUCCAGUAGGGUGGCAGAACAGGUGUAUGUGAGUACGCGGCGCGGCGCCUGGGUGAUCCGGCAGGUGUCGGACAACGGGCUCCCGGUAGACAUGAAGUACAACACGCGCUUCGUGCACAUCCUGUUCCAGCUGCUACCCAUGAGGUUCUUCAACUGGUUUGGAGAGAAGAAGCUCAACGCCAUGUACGACCACGCCAUGUACGCUCUCAAGCCCAAACACAGGCUGUUUGAUCAGAUCCCGGUCAUCAAUGACGACCUGCCCAUGCGGAUCCUGUCGGGCGCGGUGGUGGUGAAACCAAACGUCAGGGAGGUGCGCGGAUCCACCGUGGUGUUUGAAGACGGCACAGAGGUGGACAAGGUGGACGUGAUCGUGUUCGCCACCGGCUACGGCUACGACUUCCCCUUCCUGCCCGCCUCCAUCAAGAGGAAGUCCGGCCACCGGAUCGGGCUGUACAAGCACAUCUUCCCCCCGACGCUGGAGCACCCGACGCUGGCCGUGGUGGGCUUCAUCCACGCCCUGGGAGCCAUCAUGCCCCAGGCAGAGAUGCAGUCGCGCUGGGUCACGCAGGUCUUCAAAGGUCUCAAGAAGCUUCCCAGCAAGCAGAUGAUGAUCAAGUCUGUGGAGGACGAUACGAAGGACAUGGACAGCCACUACAUCUGCUCCAAGCAGGCUCCUCUGCAGGUGGACUUCGUGACCUACAUGGAUGAGCUGGCCGGUGAGAUCGGCUGUAGACCCAGUCUGCCCUGGCUGCUCCUGACCGACUACGCCCUGUUCAAGAAGGUCCUGUGGGGACCCGUCAGCUCCUACCAGUACCGCAUCAUGGGCCCGGGGAAGUGGGGCGGUGCGCGCCAGGCGAUCUUCACGCAGUUCGAGCGCAUGCAGGAACCUCUGAAGACACGCCCCCUGGACGCGGCCAAGCAGCAGGGCGGCCUGCUGGGAACCCUGGCACGGAUCAUCCUCUACACCGGAGCCGGAGCUGCCGCCGCGUACUACUACAUGCACAAGAUCCAUCCGGCAUCGCUCGACAACCUCCUCUCCAUGGUCACCGCCCAGAAGAUCUGAAGACCUCACCACACCACACCACAUCACAUCACAUCACACC